GGAACCUAAUAAAAGUAGUGACAAGGAACCUAAUAAAAGCAUUGACAAGGAACCUAAUAACAGCAGUGAAAAGAAACCAAAUAACAGCAGUGACAUAGAACCUAAUAACAGUAGUGAAAAUGAACCUAAUGCCAGCAGUGAGAAGGAACAUAAUAACAGUGAUGACAAGGAACAUACUGCCGGAAUUGACAAGGAACCUAAUGCCAGCAGUGAGAAGGAACUAAAUAACAGUAGUGAUAAGGAACCCAAUGGUAGUAGUGACAAGGAACCUAAUGCCAGCAGUGACAAGGAACCUUAUAUCAGCAGUGAGAAGGCAGAUUUGGAAGAUAAAACACAAAAUACAAGCAUCUUUGAGACAUCUGGUUCAAUUGGAAAUGGAGAAAAUAGUCUAAAUCAGCUGCAUGCUAAAGAUCAUUUGGAAUUCAAACAGACCAUUCAACAAGAUAAAAAGGAACAAUUGGAUAAUAAUAAUGCUCAUCAAACAUUUCCUGAUAACUUUGAUGAUAGUUUGCACAUUACCUCCCACAGUGAGAAAGACACAGCAGACCCUAAAGAAGCCCCCAGUAACAACUGUAAAAAUGAAGAACAUCCUGAAGUUAGUUCACCAAAGACCGAAGGACAGAACACUGCUGACAUUCAUGAAUUUGUGUCUGAAGUCACUGACCACAGGUCUUGUGAUAAUGUCUUUGAACAAUUCAAUACUGCCAGAUAUGAAGACAGCUCUGAGAUGUCUGUGAAAAAUUUAACAGGUAGCAAUGAGUUCAGCCAACAUUCAGAUGUAAUUCAAUUAAAAGAUGUUCCAAACACUGAUCCCAUAAAACAGAUUGUUGAUAUCCUUAAUUUCUCACAACAUGAAUCACCAAGGGAUGGUGAAAAAUUACCUCAUCAAGAAUUUAAUAAUGAAAUUGAUCUGCUACCUAUACAAGUGUUAAAUACUGACAUUGUAAACCUAACACAAGAGUUUGGCUCUGAUAUUCAUACAUGUUCACAGGAGCUAAAUGAUUUUGAAAACGGGGUAUACCCAAUACUGGACAAAGGUAACCUUCAUAUUCAGCAUAUAUCUGAUGACAGAAAAAACCAGAACAUUUUACCAACAUCAGUUAUUACAUUGGAUGCCAAUCAACAGUCUGUCAGUCUCUCAUUGGAGCCAGAGACCAAUAACCCACUCAAAGGUGGUCAUACGCACUCAGAUAAUCAAAUAAAAUAUCCACCCACAUGUUCCAAAAACAGCAUUCUCAAUGUGUCAGAUUUGAAAGCCAUAUUAGAUAUAGACAUGUCAGAGCUUCCAAAGGGUAGCACAAGCACCCCUGUGGAAGAUGUUGGUCUAGUUGUACCUAAACGUAAGAAAGUUUUACCUAUAAAUGUUGAUGAUGCUAAAAACAAAGAACAAUUUGUAAGUGACAAACGGUUCUGUGAUGUAGGUAUGGAAAUGAGUUACAUACAAACUCAUACCUCCCCACCGACUUCUUUGGAAACAUUUUCUAUCUCAGAAAAAACAAAUACGAAUGUAGACAAUUUGACUGAAUUGAGCGUAAGCACCAAGUUAUUGGGUAGUGCUACAAAGGAUUCAGUGACUUCAUUUUCUAAUGAUGAAUUGUUGGCCAUUACUUCAAAUGAUACAGUUGUCUCAGCUUUGAAUGAGGAAUUGGCCAUUACUUCAAUGGAUUCAGUUCCUUCAUCUGCACCCAAGGAAAUCAACACAUCUAGUCAUAGGCAGACUUCCUGUUCUGAUGCAAGAAAGUCCACUGCUCCCAAAAGGACAAAGAUCGAAAAAACAAUGGAAAGGAGAAAACCAUCUAAAGCAAUGGUGAGAAAUCCAAAUAUUUCCUUAGCUGCGUUUAUUCAUGAAAGACUCUUAACUAAGGAGAAGGCCAGCACCAGCUCACAUUUAUCAGACAGGAAAACAAUUGAUGAUAAUAAAGAAAAGACUGAAGUCCAAUUCAAUGCUCUGGAAGCCGAAAAAUCUCUGGGAUUAGGACUAGUUGACUACAGCUCUUCUGAUGAUGAAAAGGAAGGAAGUUCUUCAGAUGACAAUGAUUGUGAAAGCAGUAAAGUUGUGGGUACUGACAAUGUUCCCUCAUCUUCCAAGCCUCGAUUAGAUGAAUGGAACAGUACUCAGUACCCCACAGAUAAUGGAAAUGGCAAUAAUGUAUAUACAUUUCACUGUAUCACUGAUACUCCACAACCUCAGCCUGUCUUGAAACUUAACAGUGCUCUUUACAGCCACAGUGUUUUCAUGCCUUCCAACAGCUCAUCUACAACAGGUGACUUGAAGCAGAUGCUUGAGACUCAUUCUGUUCGGAUUGAAAAUGCAGGGCGAAAUGGACAUUUCCAGUUAUUAGAAGAGAAAGGCUGUCACAGCAAUACCGGCUUUAAUGGCUUAGAUAAGAAAACUGACAUGACCAAAUCAUUAAAGACACUUCACUGUGAAAUAAUUGUACAUAUGUCAGAAGUUGACCAGGAUAAUGACCCUCAUAGUCUCAGAGACUGUAGUGAUGUUGCUGAUUCAAAUACAGCUUUAAUCACAGAACCGAGUGAAAUGGAACCAAUGUGUAACAUAUUGUCAAGAGAACAAGAAAAUCUUAGUUUAUGGAGAUCACAAAGUCCAGGGGUGUCAGAAAGCAAUGAGUAUGCCAAAAGAGAAUUCCAGUCAUUAGAAUCUACACCUGACAGAUCACCAGAGUGUAAGAGAAUAGUUUCCCAGAAUGUUCCCAUGUCCACACCAGUUGAUGAGGAUGUCAGGAUGUCCCAAAAUCAGAAUGUAUGUGGCUUCAAUAAACAUGAUGAUGUGUCGCAACAUUUAUCCAAUAAUGAUGAUAAUGAUCUGAAAACAUGUCCAAGCCCAAGGGACAAUCCUACGGAACCAUUUCAUAUCACAGAGGACAAUGAUGAUGAAGUAAAGCCUGCGGAAGUAGUCGUGCAAAUUUUAGAUGAGACUUUUAUUGAUAACAAUAAAUCAUCUUUCAUACCGGUAUAUGAAGAACCAAUAGGCAAAAAUGAUAUCGCAGAAGUAGAAAAAAAAAUUUUUGAAAGCAAAUGCAAAGAUGUACUGAAAUCAUAUCAAAAUCUCACUCAGAACAAUGAAAUGUCCACAGAUGAAGACACAACAAAGUUACCAGAGGAAAACUCUUGUCUGGCGAUAGAAAAAUCUGAGCAGGACACCAAACACUUUGAUUAUUUUUUUGAGGAUGAGGUAAAGUUACUUUCUCCAUGUACCGGUAUUACAACAGUACUACAACAAUUUGAAGAUGAAACCCCUAAAAAAUGUAUGUCGGCUUAUAGGAGUGUUGAUUUUACAAACUAUAAUGAAGGUCAAUUACAGUCUAGUGAUGGGGAAGAUUUCAGUGACAUUUGUUCUACAAGUGCUUUACCAAAUGAGACUACACUAAAUGGUCAAAUUAUAAAUGAUACUCUGGGUAAUGUGAUAGUAGAUGUUAAUUGUGAAUCCAUAGGUAGUAAUAACGUAGCAGCAGUAUCUGCUAUAAAAGAUUCAGAGAACUUAAAAACUCUAGCCACAGAGGCAGAAAUUCAGGAUUUAACAAGCCAGGACACACAUUUUCCAGCACGAUCUAAUACAGUUAUUACUGGAUGCCAAAUUGAAACGGAUUAUUUAGAAGAACAAGUAAGUGAGGCGGCUGAGUCAUCAUCAGAUUGUAAUGAGGGUAAGACUGAUGAGGAACAUUAUUACAGUGAUAUAUUUAAAAAUGAGACUUGUGAUAAAAAUCAACAAAGUUUGCACCAAACUCGACAGGCCAAUCAGGAUGCGCCUUUUAAUGAAACAGAAAGCUUAAGUGAAGUUGUUGUGGGGGCUAGUGAAGAAGCCAAUGACAAACAAGCUAGCUUAAUCAAAGGACUAUCUGGUGAUGAAAAUAAUGUGCGCGAAGUUGGUGAUUGUUGUUCACAAUCUGGAUCAGAAGCUGUUACUGGUUAUCAGAUAGAAGAGGAAAUUAAAAGAGGCAAUCCUUUGUCCGAAGAAUCAGAAAGACAUGGUUGUAAGCAGAAAUCAGGAUUAGAAAUGGAUAUCAAUAAUAAGAUUUCAGAAAAAGGUGACCAAAUGUCAGACACAUUAAAAAGAAGAAGGGGUCAUCAAAUGUCACCAGAAACAGAAUGCUGUAAUAAAAUGCAAACAGAAGAAGGUACCCCACACAGCAACAAUUGUAGCCUGGUUCAUCAUUCUUUCAAUUCCUAUUCCAGUGUAAAAUUAUCUGGAGAUCUCAGUGUCAGUUCUGCAGAUAACUGUAAGAAGACACUAAGUAGUCCUAUGAAACCAUUUAAAGAGGAUGACAAUGACAAAUCUUCGACUUCGUCUGAUCCUGACGAAGACUUUGAUUUGAUCAUAGAAAAUGACACCUCAUCAAGAAAUCUAAUUUCAUUUAAAUCCAGUCCUGAAAAGAACGUGUUUCCCAAAACUCCUUCAACUGUUGGGGACAUCAAACCUGUGAAAAGGAUAUUGACCAAGGCUUUUGCUCAUACUCAUACAGCAGCUAAGAAAAAUGAAUAUCAGAAAGUGAUAUUGGCAAAAAAACCACUAAGAAAAACCAGCCAAGAACAAUUUAAAUGGGAUGAUGAUGAAGAAUCAAAGACACCUGGACCAAUCACAGGGCAUUUAACUUUCACUAUUGGUACUAAUGAUGCAGUCAAGAUUAGCAUGGUAAAUGAUCAUGUAACCAAUGAUAACAAUGUUCAGAAACCGGGAGGAAAAAGAAAAGUACUGCAAGAGAAGACAGAGACCUCUCCAUUUAUUUCGAGUAUAGAAGAUUCCAGCUUUGGAAAAACUGAGAGUAAACUUAAGGUUACUGCAUCUAUUAGUCAGUCUGUGUCCGUAGUAGGUGGCAAACCAAAACGACUAAUUCAGAAAAAAAGGUCCUAUUCACCGAGUGAUCACACGACGCCAGAAAUACAAGCAAAAAUAAAGAAAACAAAUUCUGCCAACAAACAAAAUAGAACUUCAAAUCCCUGUAUACAAAAGAGAUCUGGGGUUGAUAAACUGAUUGUAAAUAAAAGAGAGACAGUUGAAUUUGUUUAUAAAGGAGCCGAGGAUUUAGCAAGUGCUAACAAUAACUCCAUAGCUGUGGAUGAUGAGAUCUCAUUUAAGAAAGACUCUUUUUCCUCUCCUGCAUUUGAACCCCAUAAUUGUUUACCAUCAAUAAGCACUGCACUUACAACUGGUGGCCAACAGCGCAUUAAAGCAAAAUCUCACAAGUCAUCUCUCUCAGGAACUGCCCAUGUCAUCAGCAUUCCACUAGAGGUAAAGGGGAUUGCAAAUAACAUACAUACUAAUGAGGAGGCUUUGCACAAGACACCGAUUGGUUUAAGGUCAAGGCACAGCUCAGUGGAAUCUAACAAAUCUGACAGGUCAUCGUCCUCUAAAAGACAAACAGAGGGCAAUUCUCAGACUGCUGCCAAACGUGGUAGAAAGAGUGAAGAUUCACCAACUCCAAUGUGGCAAAAGAUCGGGCUGAUUAAAAUUACCCCUAAUACCCCUAAUGUGGCAAGCUGUGCAGAGAAUGCACCAAUGACUCGUUCAUCAGAGGCUGCUAUGAAGGCCUACAAUCAAAAAAGUUUAAGAAAUCGUGAAGUCAAUCCACUUGACUCUGUGAGUGCAUCAUCACCAACACUUAAAGGUGGGCAAACAAAUGUGAGCUCAAGGUCUCUCCUCGACAAAGGGAAAAGUCUAGUCAUCUCAAAAAUGGCACAUGUGUCAUCUUCUGCCAAACAUUCCCCUAUCUCCCAGCCAAAGUCUGUUGGGGCUGCCAAAAUUUCAAAAAGACUGAAUGACAUGUCUCCAUUAGCUGCGGUGGUAAAACGUAGAGUAGCACCUGUACCAUCGAGACAGUCUCAAGUUAAAACUUCUGUUAAAGGAACACGUCCUGUGACUACAAGUGCAACUGUCUAUGUUGUCGAUCCUGUACCAAACACACCAUCAUCUGAGAUUUCUAAAAAAUCAUCUUUUGUUGGAGCUAGAACUAUUCAUACUCAACUACCAUCAGGAACAGUUAUUAAACCAAAUAAGUCGGUCAGACAUCAGAAUUUGAGCAUUUUGAAAGGGACCAAAGCAGAUGCUGUGAAAAGGCAUCGUAGAAAAACAUAAUUUUAAAGGGAUAUUAAAUUUUUACUGUGGUUAUAUUUUGUUAUUAAAAAAAAAAAGAUCUUAUUCAUAUAUUAGCUGCUUUAUUCUUCAGGUUAGUUUAUAUUCACAUGCCACAGUUCAGGUGC